CAAUGCAGACUGAGAGGCAGGAAUCUUGCCGAGAUGCACCCAUUGCAAAAAGAGAUGCACUGAGUCAAUCCAUGGUUGGGAUACUAGUGGAUGUAUCAGGAUCCAUGGAAAGAGCAUUUGAUCUCGAUAGCUCAAAAGAUGCCACUGUGGAGCGUGUUCAUACUAUUUUAACAACCGUUCUCAGGAUUGUGAAAGCAGAAUUGAACCAUCAUAGCAACCGAUCAGAUGAAAUUUUUGUAACUGCGUUUGGGCUAGACAUAAAAGUUAAUACCUGUGAUCUGGUUGCUGUGUUAGACCUUAUUGCUGGUCCAGAACAUCUGCGCAGAUUAGAACCGCACGAUGCAUUAGUUAAACUAGCCAAAAAUCAUGGAGCUGCACAUGCUGAGCGAUGGAUUCGAGAGCACCUGAACAAAGAGGAAGCUAGAGAUCUCUUUAGGGUUUUAUGUUUUGAUGAGGAUCUUGUACCAGAAUUGAUACAGAAAAUACCCCCAGGCAGAUCUAGAUCAAGCUCUAUCUUGUCUGUACUAAGGAAUAAUUUACCAGGAGGUAGAUAUGUCGAAGGGUUUGUUGUACAUCAAACAGAAGCUUACUGCUAUGCCCAAGACCUUGUUAAAAGCAAAGAUAAGGUCAUCCUACGAAAGCUUGAGUCGAUAGAGCAUUCUUUCCCCAAAUCUGUUUUGUAUGUUUCCCAGCUCUUGGAUGACCUAAACUUGAUAGACGACGACUCUUCUUGUGCUUCCAGCUCUCUUCAUUCUCGAAUUAAAGAGCUCAUUGAUCCCAUUAGGCCUUACAUAUUUGGUGGCACUCCAAUGUGUAAGGCAAUCCGCAGAGCUUCUCAAGUGUUUCGUUUUUCUGGAGCUAGGUCCAAAGUGUUGCUCAUUCUUUCUGAUGGUGAAUCAGCUGAUGGAAAUCCGCGAUUCAUUGCUAGAGAUCUGAAAGAUUCCAUUAUAGUGUCUUGUUAUCUCACAGACGCACAUAUUUCCGAUCCAAGAUGCCUGAUGGACAAGGCCUCUCCUGAUUGGCCAAAGAGUGAUGGCCGACAGACACUUUUUGACAUCAGCUCCACUGUGAAAAAUGUUGAUCCUCCAGUUUCAUUUCUUAUUGAUUUUGGCUGGAAAUUGCCACCCUCGGGAGAAAGCCGCUUGUUUGUUCAGGCAAACAGCUUGGAUGUGGUAGAUGAGCUGUGCAAAAUUGUCGUCGCUGAGCUGACAAACCCUUGUGAUGCUCUCGUGGAUCUCUUGCAAAAGGUGCCACUGAGUCUGUACAUUAACCAAGAAAAUGCGAGUUUCAAACCUGAGAAGCAAGUCGGCGGCACAUGCUAUGCACAUGCUGUUGCUACUGUGUUUCACCUUGCCAUGCAUCGGAUUGUUGGUCGAGACGGAGGGCACCCAGAGUUCAAGCAAAUCAAGGACCGAUUAAUUGCGGACUACGGCAAAGACGGGGCUUUUGCAGAAAGAGUUCUUGAACGAGUUGGUCCUGAGUAUCGCUUGCACUUCAACAAAGUCGAUGAGAUUCGUGCCCGACAAGCACUCAACCACAGGAGGCCGCUUGUUGCAAUGUUUUUCUUGAGAAAGAACCAAUGGGACAAGUUUCGUGAGUUCUACGAGAAAACGCCAAAGGAGGUCCUGCAGAGGGAUAAUCUUGGCGAUGGGUCUACUGUGGCAGGCGUGGGUGACGGUGGUCAUGCUGUGGUUUUGAUCCGGUGUAGCCCUGAUUAUCUUCUAUUCAUGAACUCCUGGGGCCUAACAUGGGCUGAUGGUGGAUUCUUCAGAGUAAAAGAUGCCUCUGUGCUAGACAGAAUGACCUUUUAUGAUGUCUACUGGACGCUGAACGAUCUCAAACAGAGCGAAAAGGAUGCCUAUCAAAUUGAGGCGAUCAAAAAAGCAAAAAACCUGACAGCUACAUUUCCCAGUAUUAACAGCUUGCUAUUCGAAUGUCCUAAGUGCCGAAUAACGUCGAGUGUGAAAGAAUUCGAAGGUGAUUUGAUCGAGGCGAAUUGCCCGAAGUGUGAGCAUAAAUUCAGGCCUACAAACGAUGACCUUGUGAAGAGUCUGUACCUUAGAAAUGUUUAACCCCCGGCUGAUCGAUGAAUUAACUGUCUCUAACUAAAUAAUAAUAUCUUGAGUAUGUAUAAAAAUGAUUGAGCCUUAUUAGUAUUGUUAGCUGUUUAUUCCCUCUUCUUGAAUUGUGCUACUGUUUUGACUUUGA